AUGAACUUUUUACGGUUUGUUCGUGGUUUUGCUAACUCCCAGAAGAACUCAAUUGAAAUCCUUAAGUUUGCCGAUAAAGACGGUGCUUAUCGGCGCUUGCCCUCUCAGUUUCGUAGCUCCAUCUCCAGGGAGCAAGGUGCUGAGUUUCCUCCUGAUUUGAACCGUUAUCAUCUUUUCGUGUCUCUUGCUUGCCCAUGGGCCCACAGAGUGCUUAUCACCAGAAGACUCAAGGGUCUUACCCAGGCCUUACCUGUGUCUAUCGUGCACUGGCACAUGGACGACAACGGAUGGAGAUUCCCUACUAAGGAUGAAUUGUCGGGCCUCAAGAAUGGCGAUAUUUCCGUCGGUACCGCCGAGCCAUUGUACGGUUUUGAAAGAUUGAAGGAAUUGUACUUUAAGGCUAACCCAGAGUACAACGGCAGAUUCACGGUUCCGGUUUUGUGGGAUAAACAGAAAGAGACCAUUGUGAGUAAUGAAAGUGCAGAGAUCAUCCGUAUGCUUAACACUGAGUUCAACGACUUAUUGCCUGCUGAUUUUGCUGAGGUCGACUUGUAUCCGGAGAACUUGAGAGGCAAGAUUGAUGAAAUCAACGACUUGGUCUAUGAUAACAUCAACAACGGUGUCUAUAAGACCGGUUUUGCCACAUCUCAGGAAGUCUAUGACAAGGAAGUCAGAAACGUUUUUGAUCACUUGGAUAAGGUUGAACAGAUCUUCAAGUCCAACAGAGACAAGAAUCACAACGACCGUUUCUUAACCGGUACCACACUCACCGAGGCCGAUGUGCGUUUGUUCACCACAAUUAUUCGUUUCGACCCGGUAUACGUGCAGCAUUUCAAGUGUAACAUUGGCAUGAUCAGGCAUCAAUAUCCAUACAUUAACGACUGGUUGAAGUUGCUAUAUUGGAAGAUCCCAGCCUUCAAGGAAUCGACCGAUUUCAACCAUAUCAAGAAGCACUAUACCAAGUCACAUAAGGCCAUCAACCCAAAUGGAAUCACCCCAGUUGGUCCAAUCCCUGACGUUGAGAUUGACUAA